CGAACAACUACUUACCAACCGUGACCAAACCAGAUCCAACACAAACAUACCACCAAAUAAAGUAAAAGAUGUCAUCUUUCCAUCCCAGCUCCUUGCCCGAUCUGACUGGGAGAGUAUAUGUCGUGACGGGUGGGAAUACGGGUCUCGGCUAUGAAACAACCUUACAACUCGCUACCCAUGGUGCCAGAGUAUAUCUCUGCUCGAGGUCCGAAGAAAAUGGUAACGAGGCUAUUCGACAUAUCAAGGAGCGGGUUCCCGGAGCGGAUGUACGGCUUGUAAAGAUGGAUUUGGCCGAUUUGAGAAGUGUAGUUGAUGCUGCGGGGAUGUUGAAGAGACAAGAACCUCGCAUACAUGGCCUCGUCAAUAACGCAGGAAUAAUGGCUACUCCAUACGAGAAGACCCUAGAUGGAUAUGAGGCCCAGUUUCAGAUAAACUACAUCUCCCACUGGCUCCUAACCCAGACCCUCCUCCCAUCCAUCCAAGCAGCAGCAUCAAUCUCUCCACCGGGGACAGUCCGCAUCGUAAACGUCUCCUCGCAGGCACAUCACGACGCGCCCUCAUACGGUAUCAACCUCUUAGAUGUGAACCAGAACGUAGGUUUCAUCACGGGACCAGUAAAGAGGUACGGGGCAUCUAAAUUAGCGAAUAUCCUUCACGCGAGGGAAUUGUACAGGCGAUACGGCACGCUAGAGACCAGAGCAUUACAUGCGGAUCCAGUCUCGAUCCCGAGUGAGGGUGAGAUUUGGACCGCGAGUAUUAACCCCGGAAGGGUAGAUACGAAAUUAUUGCGUCGCUUCGAUGGGAAUAUCCUGCUUUGGCUUGUGUCGAUUCUUAUAGAUGCGUUAGCGCGGAUUCUCCCUCUGAACCAGACGGUGGAGAAAGGGGCAUAUACGCAGCUGUUUGCUAUUGCGAGUGAUGGAUUUAACAAGGAGAUUAGUGGGCAGUAUCUGGAAAAUGGGACAGAGUUGGGUCAAAUGACAAGUAGAGCGAGAGAUGAUGGUCUGGCGAGGGAGUUAUGGGAAUGGACAGAGGCAGAAAUGAAGCGGCUGGGGUUUGUUUAAUGGCGUGUCUUGGGUUAGUUAAAGAACUAGAUUACUGGGGGUAUUAGAGAAUCGAACAUGGGCC